UGGCGGCGGGCUGCGGGCGGCGGUUCGCGGGUCUGCGCCGGCGGAGCGUUGGGCUCCGGGGCUCAGUCGCCGCUAUGCCGAACAUCGUGCUGUUCAGCGGCAGCUCGCACCAGGAACUGUCGCAGCGGGUGGCAGACAGGCUCGGGCUGGAGCUGGGCAAAGUAGUGACCAAAAAAUUCAGCAACCAGGAGACCUGUGUGGAAAUUGGGGAGAGUGUGCGAGGUGAAGAUGUAUACAUCAUCCAGAGUGGCUGUGGGGAAAUCAAUGAUAAUUUAAUGGAGCUAUUGAUAAUGAUAAAUGCCUGCAAGUUUGCAUCAUCAUCUCGAGUCACCGCAGUUAUUCCUUGUUUUCCCUAUGCUAGACAAGACAAGAAGGACAAGAGUCGUGCCCCUAUUUCUGCUAAGCUUGUGGCCAACAUGCUGUCAGUUGCUGGAGCAGAUCAUAUUAUCACCAUGGAUUUGCAUGCCUCUCAAAUACAGGGUUUCUUUGAUAUUCCUGUGGAUAACUUGUAUGCAGAACCAGCAGUACUGCAAUGGAUAAAGGAAAAUAUUCCAGAAUGGAGGAAUUCUAUAAUUGUGUCUCCAGAUGCUGGUGGAGCCAAAAGGGUGACAUCAAUCGCAGAUAGGCUGAAUGUUGAAUUUGCUCUAAUCCACAAGGAAAGAAAGAAAGCAAAUGAGGUGGACAGAAUGGUACUUGUUGGUGAUGUUGAAAACAGAGUGGCCAUUCUUGUAGAUGACAUGGCAGACACAUGUGGAACCAUAUGUCAUGCUGCUGAUAAGUUGCUGAGUGCUGGUGCAACCAAAGUUUAUGCUAUCCUUACCCAUGGUAUCUUCUCUGGCCCUGCAAUUAGUCGAAUAAACAAUGCUGCUUUUGAAGCUGUUGUUGUAACUAACACCAUUCCACAAGAAGGAAAAAUGAAUGUUUGCUCAAAGGUUCAGGUGAUUGAUAUAUCUAUGAUCCUUGCUGAGGCAAUUCGUAGAACCCACAAUGGUGAAUCUGUGUCAUACCUAUUCAGCCAUGUUCCAUUGUAAGCUGAUGAGAUUUUUAGCUUUCCAGCAUUGUGUUGGACGAAAUAUUGUUCUACAUUUGGGGAACUCAUCACUAAUUACAGGAAUAUACAGUUAACUAGUCACCAACUGAAAGAACUCACUGUCAUAAGUUAUAAAAUACAUCCAUACUUGCAAGCUGAAGGCAUGAAAAUGUAACCAUUUUAUGUUAUGGACUGGAUUUUACUUACUAUCAGCAUUUCUAUAAGGAAAAAAGUGCUGUGUACAGACAGAGUUCUGUUUUUGUACUUUAUUAGAAAUGUAAGCUCUUGAAGUGAAUUUCUAUGAAAUGUCACACUUGUUACUGGUCAUGUGGCUUUUCUACACUACAAGCCAAUUAAAUACUUGUGGUUAUAUGCUGAUUCUUAUAUGAAGCAAAUGUUUUGGUGGGGGGGGGGGGGGGGGGGAAGAGAGGAGAAAAUUGUGAUGUUUAUGAUGCAAUGCAGUAAUUCUGAAUAGACAUUCCAUUAAAUUAUUAAACUGAUUUGUACAUUUUGGUAUUGUCAGCUAUUUGCAUUCUGUAGUAACAGGAGGAAACUAGUCAGUGGAUUCACAGAUUGAUUUAAUGAAUUCAAAUGCCUAUACAGUUUUGAGAAAAAAAUUAUUAAUUUGAAACAAUUGCAGUGCAUUGAGUGGCUUAAGUAAAAUCUCUGAAGGGUUACCUACAAUUAUAAUUUUUGUUCGGAAGCCAGUUGUGUGGAUGAAGUGGUUAGGAAACAGUAAUUCAAGUUCUUUAAACAUGAAGCUGCUUUUUAUUCAAUUGAAAACCAUGUCUGGACUCUAUAAAUUUCGUAAAGUUGAGCUGUAAUAAAUGAAAAGGUGUUUACUUAAGUAUCUGGGUGGAGGCAGCUGCUCACUCUUGUUUGAGCAUUGUGUAUACCCUUAAACAAGUUUUAUUCAUCAUGUGAGCAAACUGUUUUGACAUUAAGAAAUAAUUUGAAUAAAUGAUUUGGAGAACCUUGUCAAAAUUGGAAUCUCUAUCUCUU